GUUCUUGCAGUUUUUUUUUCAUGUUGCAUAUAUUAAGACAGAAUCUUUAUUAUCUUUUUAGGCUCUAUAUGCUUAGAUCUAUAUGAUUCAUUUGAUCAAAGAUUAAAUUUAUCAAUCUGGGAUGUGGUUGGUUUUGCUGUUUUUGUACUAGUUCAUUAGAUAUUAUCAAGACAUUUAGGGAUAUAUCGAAAGAAUAAGCAAUAAAGAAAAGGUGUAGUGAGUUCAAAAUUUGAUCUUUGAUCAAGGGAAGUGAUUAUGAGGUCUAUAGAAGAUAAGGGUUGUUUGAAUCUUGGAUCACCUCAGGAGAUUCAUGGUGUUGGUGGUGGAGUUACUUUUGAGUUUCAAAAAGGAAACGGGUCGAACCGUGGCUCACACCACCACCGGACUGCAUUAGGAAAACCGACACCAUCAAAAUGGGAUGAUGCCCAGAAAUGGUUGGUUAAUUUGUCUAGAGGUGUCGAUAAGAGCCACCAAAACACCUCGCCGCGUGAUUCCAAUGCAGACGAUAGGAGAUUGAUAGCACCGGUUUCUAAAAAAGACUAUCCGAGUAGUGAAGAUGAAGAACAUGGAGUAAUAGAAACGAAAAAGGUUGAUUUGGGUGAUUCAAUAUUUACUAAUUCUAUUUACGUAAGGGACAUGGGGACUGAAAUGACCCCGGUUGCUAGCCAAGAGCCUUCAAGAUCUGCCACACCGGUUAGAGCCACGACCCCAGCUGUACGUAGCCCUAUAGCCUCUGGUUCCACAACUCCUGUUAGACCGGGUCCUAAUGUAGCACCCGCUGUUGCCCCUGUUUCAAAAGUUGAAACAAGUGGAACAUCAAGGUUUGGGAGAGAAAGUGAAGAAACAAAUGGUGAAAAUCUGGGCGAAAAUAGAAAUGAGCCUCAGGAUUCUAAGCUAAAUCCUCUUGAAACCCGGGCAAUGGCUUGGGAUGAAGCAGAACGCGCAAAAUACAUGGCAAGGUUUAAGCAGGAAGAGGUGAAGAUACAGGCUUGGGAAAACCAUGAAAAGAGAAAAGCUGAGAUGGAAAUGAAAAGAAUGGAGGCUAAGGCGGAAAGGCUGAAAUCUCGAGCACAAGAGAAGUAUACAAACAAACUUGCUUCAACAAGGAGGGUAGCAGAGGAGAAAAGAGCAAAAGCUGAGGCUACUUUGAAUGAAAAAGCUGUAAAAACUUGUGAAAGAGCAGAUUAUAUAAGGAGAACCGGCCACUUGCCCUCUUCUUUCUCCAUUAAGUUGCCUUCGUGUUGCUGGUAGCACCACUCUUCGGCUGUUUGUCGCCAUCAUCUCCAUUGGUUUUCAAUUUUACUUAUUCUUUUUGUAUAAUGUCUGGUUCAAAGUGCUUUAUUUUGUAAUUUGUCAAAACCAUUUCUUUCUUCCAAAUUUUUAGUUUCAAUCAUAACAAGCUCUUCAAAAUAUCAGAAUCAUUGCCA